AAAAGUCUAAAAAUGACUGAGUGUUCAAUUGGAGUCCGUUUCGACGAUUUCGUAUUAAUUGCAGCUGAUUCGACCACUGCUCAAUCAAUUAUGGUCAUGAAAAACGAUGAAAAUAAAAUCUACAAGAUCUCAGACAAGUUGGUGAUGGCGGUGAUCGGUGAACAGGGAGAUUCUACUCAGUUCUCCGAAUACAUCGGGAAAAAUAUCCAGCUGUACAAAAUGCGCAACGGGUAUGAAUUGUCACCGAAGGCUGCAGCGACAUUCACCCGCAGAAAACUCGCUGAUUACUUGCGCUCACGUACUCCGUACUUUGUGAAUUUGUUGAUGGCCGGGUAUGACAGCGAAACUGGACCAGAGCUUUACUUCAUUGAUUACUUGGCAUCUUGCGUUAAGGCACCCUUCGCUUGUCACGGUUACGAUAUGAAUGAACAUGAAGCAUACGACUUGCUGAAAAAAUGUGUCACUGAAGUCCACAAGCGUUUGAUCGUAAACUUACCAAACUUCAAAGUGCAAAAAAUAACCAAGGAAGGUGUAAUUGACCUCCCUUCAAUAACUGCACAGAAUUUGGCCGUGGAAGCCGCUGCUAGGGGUUAA